AUUAACUUUGUGAACUAGAACAAACUCUGAUAAGGGUCUAAAAUCAGUUGUAUCAAAUUUCCAACCAAAGUUGGGCAGUGCAGAUUGCAAGAAACAAGUUGGUGAGUAUUUCUCUUCUUUUUUAAACAAUAUUCAUCAAUCAUGAUAAGCUUUGAAAUAAAGAAACAAGUUGUAUUGAUAUACCUAUGGUUGUGGUGGAACACUACUAGCAUUUGUGUUAAAGCAACAAAUGAUAGUUUGAGGCCAGGUGAUAAAUUGGAUGCAAAUUCCAACCUAUGUUCUAAACAAGGCAUGUAUUGUCUAUAUUUCAAUAGCGAAGAAGCUCACUUGGUUAUAAGUAGUGGUUUUGAUGGCCCAGUAGUGUGGAUGUAUGAUAGAAAUCAACCCAUAGACAUAUAUUCAGCAGUUCUAUCACUAGACUACUCUGGUGUGCUCAAAAUAGAAUUUCAAAAUAGGAAUGUACCGAUUAUCAUUUAUUAUUUGCCUGAACCAACCAACGACACUGUGGCCACUAUGUUAGACACAGGUAACUUUGUGCUUCAACAACUUCACCCAAAUGGGACAAAGAGUAUACUAUGGCAGAGUUUUGACUAUCCAACAGAUAGUUUGAUCCCAACGAUGAAGUUAGGUGUUAAUCGAAAAACAGGACAUAAUUGGUCAUUGGUUUCACGGUUGGCUCAUUCGCGACCAACUUCAGGUGAAUUUAGUCUUGAAUGGGAACCAAAAGAAGGUGAAUUGAACAUAAGGAAAAGCGGCAAAGUGCAUUGGAAAAGCGGAAAACUUAGAAGUAAUGGAAUAUUCGAGAACAUUCCAGCGAAAGUUCAAAGUAUAUAUCGGUACAUUAUUGUGUCUAACAAGGAUGAAGAUUCUUUUGCUUUCGAAGUUAAUGAUGGGAAUUUUAUACGAUGGUUCAUAUCCCCGAAGGGGAGGUUAAUAAGUGAUGCUGGAAGCACUGCUAAUGCAGACAUGUGUUAUGGAUAUAAAAGUGAUGAAGGGUGCCAAGUUGCAAACGAAGACAUGUGUUAUGGAUAUAAUAGCGAUGGAGGGUGCCAAAAAUGGGAGGAAAUACCAAAUUGUAGGGAACCUGGUGAGGUUUUUCGGAAAAAGGUGGGAAGACCAAAUAAAGACAAUGCAACAACUACUGAAGGUGAUGUGAAUUAUGGUUAUAGUGAUUGCAAGAUGAGAUGUUGGAGAAAUUGUAAUUGCUAUGGAUUCCAAGAAUUAUACAUUAAUUUUACUGGAUGUAUAUACUAUUCAUGGAAUUCAACACAAGACGUUGAUUUGGACAAAAAGAAUAACUUUUACGCCUUGGUAAAGCCAACAAAAUCACCUCCGAAUUCCCAUGUCAAUGCAGGUAAGAGGAGGAUAUGGGUAGGUGCUGCAAUCGCAACUUCUUUACUCAUAUUAUGCCCACUCAUUUUAUGCCUAGCCAAAAAGAAACAAAAAUAUGCACUACAAGGUAAGAAAAGUAAAAGAAAAGAGGGUAAGAGGAAAGAUUUGGCGGAAUCCUAUGAUAUCAAAGAUCUUGAAAAUGACUUCAAAGGACAUGAUAUAAAAGUUUUUAACUUUACAUCAAUUUUGGAAGCAACUUUGGACUUUUCAUCUGAAAACAAGUUAGGACAGGGAGGCUAUGGACCCGUUUAUAAGGGAAUCUUGGCAACAGGACAAGAAGUUGCUGUAAAAAGACUUUCAAAAACAUCUGGACAAGGAAUUGUGGAAUUCAGAAAUGAAUUGGCAUUGAUAUGUGAACUUCAACACACAAAUCUUGUACAACUACUUGGUUGUUGCAUUCAUGAAGAAGAAAGGAUUCUAAUUUACGAAUAUAUGCCAAAUAAAAGCUUGGAUUUCUAUCUAUUUGAUUGUACAAGAAAAAAGUUACUAGACUGGAAGAAGCGCCUGAACAUAAUCGAAGGAAUUUCUCAAGGACUACUCUAUCUUCAUAAGUACUCAAGACUCAAAAUCAUUCACAGAGACUUGAAGGCUAGCAACAUACUCCUUGAUGAGAAUAUGAACCCGAAAAUUUCUGAUUUCGGUAUGGCAAGAAUGUUCACGCAACAAGAAUCAACAGUUAACACCAAUAGGAUUGUUGGGACAUAUGGAUACAUGUCUCCAGAAUAUGCAAUGGAAGGAAUUUGUUCAACAAAGUCUGAUGUUUAUAGCUUUGGAGUGUUGCUUCUUGAAAUUGUUUGUGGAAGAAAAAACAAUAGCUUCCAUGAUGUUGAUCGCCCACUAAACCUAAUAGGACAUGCAUGGGAGCUAUGGAAUGAUGGUGAGUAUCUACAGUUACUGGAUCCAUCUUUAUGUGACACAUUUGUUCCUGAUGAAGUGAAAAGGUGCAUUCACGUUGGUCUCUUAUGUGUACAACAAUAUGCUAAUGAUCGACCUACAAUGUCCGAUGUUAUAUCAAUGUUAACAAACAAAUAUGAACUCACAACUUUACCAAGAAGACCAGCAUUCUAUAUUAGAAGAGAGAUCUAUGACGGGGAAACAACUUCUAAAGGGCCAGACACCGACACCUAUUCUACGACAGCAAUUUCUACCUCAUGUGAAGUAGAAGGAAAAUAUAAGUAAUCAAUAUAUAUUGGUCAAAAACUGCAAGCUAGAAUGCAAGUAAAAAACGGCUUGAUUAUGGUAUUGGUUUCUGUAAUAUUCUCAUUUUCUGUGCUUGUAAAAUGUAAUAUACUCAAUUUCUGUACUUGUAAAAAUAUUAUC